AUGGCUUCAGCUACACGAGCCGGAUUCGCUCUCAUUGCCCAGAAUCCCUAUCUUCUGGGUGUUGCGUCGUUCUCUACUCUGGGCGGCUUGCUAUUCGGGUACGACCAAGGUGUUGUUUCUGGUGUGGGCACCAUGCAGUCCCUUGGAGCGCGAUUUCCUCGCGUGUAUGCGGACACCAACUUCAAGGGAUGGUUCGUGUCGACCUUGUUACUCGCCCCCUGGUUUGGCUCCCUCAUCAAUGGACCUAUUGUGGACCGACUAGGCCGCAAGGUAUCGAUCAACAUCGCCGUUGUCAUCUUCGUCAUCGGGCCGGCUAUUCAGUCCGGACGCGCAAUCGCAGACGUCGCUAUCGGUCAGUUGACUAUGGUAGUACCCCUUUACAUCUCCGAGCUAGAUCUAAUACACCCAGUAUCCAUCACCCUCGGCAUCCUAAUCAGCUACUGGCUCGACUACGGCACCAACUACAUCGGCGGCACGCGCUGCGCCCCUUCCAUCCCCUACACGGGGGGCACAUCCUCCUCUCGAACCUUCGACCCCUACACCGACAUCCCUCGAGACGGACACUGCACCAGCCAAUCCGAAGCCUCAUGGCGCCUGCCCCUCGCCCUGCAAAUUCUCCCCGCCAUCAUCCUCGGCCUCGGGAUACUCUUCUUCCCGGAUUCGCCUCGCUGGCUGCUGAUGAGAGCGCGGGACGAUGACGCCCUGAAAGCUCUGUCGAGGCUGCGGCAGGAACAGGAUCUGCAGGCCCCGCGUCUGGUGGAUGAGUAUCUUGAAAUCAAAGCGUCGGUUAUGUGGGAGAAUGGGUUGGUGAGGGAGAGGUUUAAUGGCUUGGUUGGGUGGAGGAGGCACGUUGCUCAGUAUACAUCCCUCAUAACCACCUGGUCCCAUUUCAAGCGUCUCACUAUCGGUUCCUGCGUCAUGUUCUUCCAGCAGUUCAUGGGCUGUAACGACGGGAAUACUACCUCCCUCCUCGCAACCGGCGUCUACGGAAUCAUAAACACCCUCAGCACCCUCCCCGCGCUAUUCCUAAUCGACCGACUCGGUCGUCGCCCGCUACUCAUGUGCGGCGCCGCGGGGACAUGUAUCUCGCUCGUCAUCGUGGGGGGACUCAUCGGGGCAACUCCCAUCGGAUGGGUGCUGCCAUCGGAAAUCUUCAAUCUGUCUAUACGCUCCAAGGCUAUCUCGAUCACGACGUCAGCGACAUGGAUGUGUAACUUUAUCAUCGGGCUCGUGACCCCGGAUAUGCUCGAUUCAAUCACCUGGGGCACGUAUAUCUUUUUUGCGGCGUUCUGCCUCCUGGCAUUCGGAUUCACUUUCUUCUUCAUUCCGGAGACCCGGGGGAAGACCCUGGAAGGCAUGGACCUCAUAUUUGGAGACACGGCGGCUCACGAGGAGAAACGGAGUAUCAUCCAGAUUGAAGCUCAGCUCCGUGCUACCCAUGACCAACUGAUCGACCGAAAUUUCCUGAAGCCCAUCGCGCAGGAGGACGAAAAUGCCAAAUGA